AGUGGGAAAGGCGGGUUUCAGCCAAACCGCCUGUUAAUUCAAAUUCCCGCUAAGUUAUCUAAUAAUUCAAAGUUUUAAAACACAAAUCCCUCCAAAUCCAAACACACACACUCCCUCUCUUUCAAAAUUCCUGCCCCGCCAUUAAUUGUCAAACCCUCUCCCUCUCCUUUCUCCUUUCUCCUUCUUUUUCUAACGGUCCUUCGCCGCUGCUCAAUCAAUACUCUCUCUCUCCAUACAUUUCCCUUCACCAUCUCAGAUCCCUUUACAAGAUCAUGCCUUUAUCAUCAAGCGAAGCGCCGGAAUCCUCUUGUCGGCACCUUACCUACAGCAGGAAACAGAAAUCUCUCGGUCUCCUUUGCACUAAUUUCCUGAGCUUGUAUGAUAAAGACGGUAUUGAAGUUAUUGGGCUGGAUGAUGCUGCCUCGAAAUUAGGUGUUGAGAGGCGGCGGAUCUAUGAUAUUGUUAACGUUUUAGAAAGCGUUGGAGUUCUUGCAAGAAAAGCAAAGAAUAAGUAUACAUGGAAAGGGUUUGGGGCAAUCCCCAAAGCUUUGCAAGAGUUGAAGGAAGAGGGUCUAAGAGAAAAUUUAAGCAGUUUUGAUAAGCAGCAGAGCAGCAAUUUUGAGAAAUUAUCAGACGAUGACAACGACGAUGAAGAUGACUGUGAUUCCAACCCUAACACAGGAAGCCAGAAUGAUAAUGCGAUUCCCAGUGGCAUUGUCAAAUCAACGGCCGCAUCGAGAUUCGAUAACAGAAAAGAAAAAUCCUUGGGACUUCUCACACAGAACUUUGUCAAGCUAUUUGUUUGCUCUAAAGCUGAUCUAAUCUCCCUUGAUGAAGCUGCAAAACUAUUGCUUGGGGAUGCCCACAAUUUGUCAAUAAUGAGAACAAAAGUAAGACGGCUUUAUGACAUUGCAAACGUGUUAUCUUCCUUGAAACUUAUUGAAAAGACUCAUACAGCAGAGGCCAGGAAACCAGCCUUCAGGUGGUUGGGUUUGAAAGGGAAACCUGAGAGUGGACCGGUUGAUGCUUUGGCUGAGGGUAGGAAAAGAACAUUCGGAGCUGAUGUUACUAACAUCUGUUUCAAAAGAAAUAAAUUGGAUUCUUUAGCUGAUGGAGAAAAAAGCAACAAUCUAAAAUUGCCGAAUCAAAUAAAAUUCGAGAAUGUAGUAACAAUUGCAGAUGCAAGCACGUCGGGUCAGGAUUUCUCUAAGAGUUACCAGUUUGGCCCUUUUGCUCCUGCUACAGUGGCCAAAGCUGGUGGCGAUGAUAACAAAUCGACUCAAUCUCAUGAUUGGGAAAGUCUUGCGUCUACGUAUCGUCCUCAAUAUCACAACCAAGCUUUGAGAGAACUAUUUGCUCAUUAUAUGGAAGCAUGGCAAUCUUGGUACACUGAAGUCGCUGGGAAGAAACCAAUACAACAAAUAUCCUGAUGCCUCACUUUCUUAAUUUCCUAAUGAUCAAAUAAUUUGGAUGUAGUUAUACUUCCCCUCGGCUUUUUCAUAAUUUUGAGGGGAGAAGAAAAGAAGAGAUGUGGCCUUACGUUGGAUGCAAAUACGCUAUGCUUCAACUGAUUAUGCCCAUCCUCUGGAUAUUUUAUUUCAUUCAUCGUAUGUUCAGAUUUGUACACAUUUUCUCAAUGUGUAGCAUUUUAUAAUUUUAAAAUUAUGUUAAAAGGACUUUCG